AUGAAGUUCUUCACUCUUACCAUUCUCGCCAUGGUCUCAGGCGCCUUGGCAAUGCCUGUCGCUGCUCCAGAUGGCGGAACCCAUAACUACAAUAGCCUGGAGGGUCAUGGAAACCCGAACCCUGGUCCUUAUAAGCCUGACCGUCCUUGCUUACCUAGCCAGCAAUGCCGUGGAAAGAACUGA